AUGCCUCCUAAGAAGGUUACCAGCGCGUCCAAGAAGGCGGCGCCUGCUCACACCUCUUACCGCGAUAUGAUCAAGGAUGCCAUUAUUAAUUUGAAAGAACGCAAUGGUAGUAGUCGUCAAGCUAUCAAGAAGUACGUUCAGUCUAACAACAAGAUCAACGUCACUUCUCAGAGCGUCUUCGACUCUCAGUUCAACAAGGCUAUCAAGGCCGGUGUUGAGAAGAAUGAGUUCACUCAGCCUAAGGGCCCAUCUGGCCCCUUGAAGCUUGCGAAGAAGGAUGCCCCUGUCAAGGCCGCUCCUAAGCCUGCCACUAAGCCUGCUGCUAAGCCUGCUGCUAAGCCUGCUGCUAAGCCUGCCGCUAAGCCCGUUGCUAAGGCUGCUGCCAAGCCUGCUGCUAAGAAGGCCGCUCCUAAGAAAGCUGCUCCCAAGAAGGCCGUUGCAAAGACUGCCGCUCCCAAGAAGACUGCGGCCAAGAAGACCGCCACCAAGCCCAAGGCUAACUCUGGCAAGGCCCGCAAGACCUCCGUCACCGCUCCUGCUAUUGUUGAGCAGCCCAAGAUUCUGGGAAAAACCAAGUCUGGCCGUAUCACCAAGACUACUGCCCCGCAGCCAACAACAACCAAGGCAGCUCCCAAGAAGCGGACUGCUAAGAAAUAG